CUUGAAAGGUUUAAAUUAAAACAUUUAUUUUUUUUUUAAAAAAAAAACAAGAGUUAUACCACCAUGGUGAACAAUUUUUAAAAAACCAAGAAAAAAAGAAAGAAAAGAAAAGUAAGAAAAUCCGAAGAGGCAUCUGCUUUGUCGUUUUGUGGGAUCCCAAAAGCAUUACUGGCACGAGGAAUGUGAGUCGCAGUUGCAUCCCCAUCACAGCUAUAAGACCGCGUAAAUCAGCUCAUCCUCUUUCUACGUCUGCCACGUGUCCUCUCCUGCCUCCGAUCAACACGCCCUAUUGACUCCCACAGUCACUUCAUCCCGCAGCGACAGCCGCCAAAGCGUAUAUAUAUGGAGCCGCCAUUGCCCCCACAUCCAACCCGACACACACAGCACCAAUCUAAUCCCAGUUUCCAUUCAUUCGCUCCCACAGCUCGAUUUAACGACAACCCUGACGAAGACGGCGAGCACGGAUCCACCGGGGAUGGCCAAACCCGCGACCACGAGACUCGCCGCCGAGAGUACCAGCAGCGGAUCUCGCUACAAGGGCGUGAGGAAGCGCAAGUGGGGCAAGUGGGUAUCCGAAAUCCGUUUGCCCAACAGCAGGGAGCGGAUAUGGCUCGGAUCCUACGACUCGCCGGAGAAGGCGGCGCGCGCCUUCGACGCCGCCCUCUUCUGCCUCCGCGGCAGCGCCGCCCAAUUCAACUUCCCCCACGACCCGCCCGACAUCGCUGGCGGCCGCUCCCUCACCCCCUCCGAGAUCCAGGCCGCCGCUGCCCAGUUCGCCAAUUCGGACCCUCCGAGAACCCACGCGGAUCCGUCGACCUCCAUGGAGUGCUACCCCUCGCCGUCGUUAUCCGACGGAACGGUGCAAAUGGACGGCGAAACGGCGGCCAACGGAUCGUUUUUGGAUCUUCUAAUGACGACGGGUUCGGGCAACAACGUGUCGGAUUUCGGAAUUUUUCCAGGGUUCGAUGAUCUUUCCAGCGAUUUUUUCCCACAGCCUCCGUUGAACUACGGGGAUGAGAACUGGGAUGGGGUAAUUCCCGAUCAGGAGUCCUUCCUCUGGACCUUCUGAAAUUAAUUAUUCAAAGGAAUUACUGGAACUCCGGAAAAUUUUAGUCGCCGGAGCUUCUGACGUGUGAUUAUCCGGGAAAUGGAAAUCCUAAUUCCGGAUAAUUGUAAGAUAUAGGAUGGACAAGUUUUUUGUAGGGCCGUCCUCUUAUAUACUCGCCCUUUUUGUUUGUCGACUCGGGCGGUACGAUAUUAAAAUUUCAAAUUCAAACCCACAAAGUAGGGUUCAGUGUCAGACUGAGUAGUACCUGUAAUUGGAUGUAAUUUUGUGUAUUACUUUUCUUGUUAUUGGAAAUUUUUUAAAAAUA